AUGUCCUACUACGACAACCCUCAGGCCCAGUGGUCGUCUCCUACUCCCAGCACCCAGCAGAAUAACUGGGAGCACCAGGGUUCGACUACUCCGGUCCGCGCAGGCGCCAGCGGCCCCCAGCCCCAGGAUGACUACGCCUUCUCGUAUCAAUUCGAUGAGGUCGAUCGAGCAUACGAGAACUUGCAAAAGUCUGGUAAGGGCUAUGGAAUGGGUGGUCGCCACUCCCGUGGUUCCCAUCACACCCCCGGCCCCCGCCCGCACUCGGUAAACAACUUUGAUGACGCCCGUGGUCAGGGACCCAAUCUGCAGAACUUCUACGCAAACCAGCGUCAUCAACCUUCACGAGGCUCCAACGAGGCAGAGCAGGUCAUGCAGGCUAAGAGACGGAUGGCAGCUCAGCGGGAGCGAGAGCUUCGAAACCUGCACACAGAGCAGCAAUAUCAGCGAACCGUCCUUUCCGAGGUGCCUCUGCCGCCCAACAAGCACAUGUCCGAGGAGGAGACGCGAGAGUUGAUUGCCCGUCAACGAAGUGCCCUCUAUGGCGAGGGUCCUUUUGCAGACAAGGCAGGAUACGUGGAUGAGACUGGUAAUGUCCGCACAGGCGCCCCUGUCCCUAGCGGUCCCUCAAGCAUCCGUGGGCACUCUCCUCUUGCCUAUGAUAGUGUAGGCCGUGCUCCCCCUACUGGCGAGACUGGCACUCCCGUCUCUGGUGGUGAUGCCCACGGUCCUCCCACUGAGCCCAACUCGCGACCUCACAGCACAGUCAGCCCACAGGCUGCUGGACCCACAAACAAAGUCUUUGACAACGCUGUGGGUAACCAAAGCCGUACAAGUACAUCCAGCCCAACCGGCGGCUCUCCCUCUCGGGAUCUAAAUCCUGGUUCCAAGCCCAACCAGGCUGGUGCCUCUGUGGCCCCCAUUGGAACUCGUCCUUCUGGUACACCCACAACUUCAGCUUCAUCAAAGCGAUCCACCACUCCUCUUGCCUCUCCUGGUGGCUGGGGACGUGGCAAUGGUGUUUGGGGUCAGUCGUCCGGUCUCGGUGCUCCUGCUAGUGUCUGGGGUUAG